AUGCGCCUAAACAUGAACAAAAUCGUGCUGCUUUCCCUGGUGUCCUUGGCCGCGAGCGUGCCGGUGAUCGUGCAACAGAAUCAAAAUGAAUUUCAGCCUCAAUUACACGGAGGUUUUCAGCCGCUAGAAAGGUCUGAUCAGGAAGGUCUCGGCACUUCCUCAAGUGGAAGUUACGGCAGUGAUUAUGGCGGUAGCUACGGUGGCGGUAGCUACGGUGGCGGUGACUAUAGUGGUGGUAGCUAUAGUGGCGGAGAAUAUGGUGGUAGUUACGGCGGUGGCUUUGGCGGUGGUGACUUUGGCGGCGGUCACGGCGGUGGCCUCGAGGGAUCUUCCGGCGGACACUUGGAGUCUGGCGGUGACCACUUGGGCUCCGACUACUCCUCCCUAGGAGGUGGAUACGAAGGUGGAGACGAAAGUGGAGUUUCCCUUGACGGAGGUCACAGUGUAGUGCAAAGUGUUCCCGUGUCCGAGCAUGUUGAGGUAACGAAACCCGUACCGGUCAAGGUGGUUAAACACAUCGGGGUACCGGUUCCUCAGAUCUUGAAGAUAGGCGUACCCCACCCAGUGCCAGUCGGUGUUCCUCAACAGUACCCGGUAGCUCAUCCAGUUCCAAAAUUGGUUCCCGUACAAGUGAUAAAGACUGUCGCUGUGCCAGUGGAGAAGAAGGUUCCAUUCCCGGUUGAGAAGCAUAUUCCAGUACCAGUAGAAAAGCCCAUUCCUAUUACGAUCGAGAAGCACGUGCCAGUGCCAGUCAUCAAACCGUAUCCCAUAAAAAUACCCGUGUACAAAACGAUCUACCAUCACGCGAAGAAGCAUUAA